AUGAGCGAGACUGGAGCUUCGUUGAUCAAGUCCUUGUCACCUUCCGAGGCUUCCACGGCUGAGACCAGGAUUGAAGUGGAAAAGAGCCAGGAGUGGCACUACGAUUACAGUACUGUGGUCGGAUUCCUUAGUCAAGAUGUCAAUUUCAAGCAGAAUUCAUCUGCCACGGAAGAGGGUUUCGACCUAAUAGAGCAAAGGUAUGACACCGACAAGUUGUGGCCGGAUAAUGGCAAACUUCUUACUCAAUGGCAACGAUUUACCCAUAAAUUGAAAGUCAUGAAUCAGAGAGCUCCGAAAGAAGUGACAUAUCGACUCCUCUACCUCGGGAGACACGGCCAAGGGUAUCACAAUGUUGGCAUAAUGUUUUAUGGCGAUGCUGCGUGGGAUACACCAAGCCAAAACCGUAUCGAAAUUCUGGCAGAACUUGAUCUCGACCAGACCUAUUACAGCAGUCCACUCACCCGGGCGAUGCAAACCGCCCAGCUCACCUUCUCCGGCCUACCUCUGCCACCUUCUCAGACCUUCCGUCCUGUGGUUAAAGAAUUCCUCCGUGAAAGAUACGGCAUCCAAUCCUGCGACUUCCGGCCCACUAAAUCAUAUAUUCAGGCCAACUUUCCUAACUUCGGGAUCGAAGACUCUUUCACAGAGAACGAUGAGCUGCACUCUCCUACUCGCCGCGAGUCACUUCGACGCCAAGAUAGACGUGUUCGAGCGUUACUCGACGAUGUCUUCGCGCACGACGAAAAUACGUACAUCAGCAUAACGAGCCACAGUGAGACGAUCGAGGCGACGUUGCGAGUCGUGGGCCAUAGUGCGCUUUGUCUACCACCAGGUGGUAUCGUCCCGGUACUCGUCAAGGUCAGCGAGGUCUCUGGAAAGCGACAUAAUGGAGACGAGCAGGAGUGGGAGGCCAAGCCUGCCUGCGAGUCUGACCCACUCAAGACUGGGAAGGACGGUUAUAAGGACGUCGCCGAGCUCUUGGAUGAGAUUAAUCGUAGUGUGCCGGAGUUGGAGGGAAUGUUUGAAAAAAUCCUCGCCGUCUCCAUCAAGCCAAGCUGGCGAAGUCGCGGGUUGCUAGCAGCGGCUUCUCACACCAACCUACAAGUUACCAUUCCCGAACAGCCCCACAAUUCAGAUGACCUCGUCUCGGCCUUUGAGGCGCUCGGUCCGGCCGGUAUACGGAAACCCUCCCAUGGCUCGGCGAAGGCAUGGUUAGCCCACCUUGACAUGAUAAAAUAUGUGGUCGCCUCUGGCCUCUCAAGUGCCUUCAUCAUCGAGGACGACCUCGACUGGGACACCGCUAUCCACGAACAGAUGAGGCUGGUCUCUGACAAUGUCCGAAAUUUCACUGGUACGCCAGUCUCCGACCCUAGUCCCUUCGGAAAUGCUUGGGACGUGUUAUGGCUAGGUCAUUGUGGUGAAGUUACGCAUCCCGAUACCGAGAGACUUCAGUAUCGCGAUCCGUCGCUUAUGGCGAAUGACCUCUACGCUGGAUGGACGAAGAAAUACCUCGUUAAUAUUCAGGAAGGCCACCGCGCCGUACAGCAGGCAGUACAAACAGUGUGUACAUUUGGAUACGGAAUCAACCGCCGAGGAGCCCGGAAUAUUCUGAAAGUCCUUGGCCGCGGCCAGGAGGAGGCGUUCGAUGUGGCCAUGAUGAAACAAUGUCAACAGAAAAAUCUAUACUGUAUCUCUAUCAACCCAGAACUGUUUCAUCACUAUAAUCCGAAAGACGGCACCGGCUAUGUCAGCCCUAACGGUGAGGCCAAUGGCUCAGGUAAAUCUUCGGACGAAGAGGCGUUUGAGAAUAUCAUGGGAACCACGGCAAACAUGAAGCACAGUGCGCGUUGCGAGGCAUUGUUCAACGCCAGGUGUCCUCAGCCACCCACCGACCCCAACGCUUACCGAUGA